AUGACGACCAUGUCUCCUCCAAUCUCCCCUCCGCCCCACGAUACCCGCCCGCGGGCUCAAACUACCAUGAGCUUUUCCUCCCAACGAUCUCGCCGGAGCAGCUCAUCCACCAAUAAGUAUGAGUUGACCGAAGCCGCGAAGGACAAGAAAAGGCUGAAUACAAAGGCGGAUCCUUCGAAAGCUCUCAACGAGGCCACACCCGCGGAACAAGCACAGGAAGAAUCUACGGUCGACGACCUGCGAAAGAUGUUGCACAAGGACCAAGAUGGCAAUGUGAUCACCGAUCCGGAUCGCUCCAAUCCUACCCGUCAUCGCAUGGAGCGACCUCUUGAUACCAUCCGUGCGUUUAACGCUGCUGCGGAGGGCACGAGUUUUCGCCGCUCGUCCUACAACAACAGACCGAACUCCCAAGCGGGUUGGAAUGGGGACAUGAGCCGUCGAACAAGCUACUAUUCCAGCAAUGGAUAUUCUCCUCAACGAUCCCGGCCUUCUCCUGGCAGCGGCUAUUACCGCAAUUCCUCCUACGGAUAUGGAUUCGGACCUCAAAGCUCUGUCGAAGAAGCCCCAGGAUCGGCCCAAAUGUAUGGUCGGAACACGCGUCAACAUUCAAAUCCGUCCUAUGGCUUUCAGAAUGGGUAUCAAAAUGGAUACCAGAACGGGUACCAGAACGGCUAUCAGAACGGCUACCCGUCUGGUGACAGUCCCAUGUCCGCCCAUUCGUAUCAACAUUCCUAUGAGACCAUGACCUCGGGCUCCGAAGAAUAUGGAAAAUCCACCAAUCCCAGCUCGCAAAAUAGCUCCUUUGAUCAACUACACCAAUUUCGCAAGCCCGACGAAUUCAGCAUGGACAAUCCAUAUGUCAAUGAAAUCAGGUUCAACCAGGUUUCUCCCACCAAACCAUUUUCGCCAUACCUCUCGGACGAUGGCAAUUAUGGUCAAGAGAACGCUGCUCCUCCUCCACCGAUCCCAGCAAAAGAAUAUGCUCCGAACAAUCCACGUCAGCCAAUCAAACUUGACAGCCCACCAUCUGACACUCCGUUCAAUUCUUCUGCACCCACCAAUCCCACAUCUCCAAAGAAACCGAGUUGGAUCAAGCGGAGGUUCAGUCGGCGAGCGGAUUGA